AUGGGAGAAGAUUUGUUGACAGGUUUAAGCUUUGACAAUUAUCAUCCGUCAACAUUCCUGUCCAUGGAUUCAAAUGUUACCUCUCAUGAGGAAUCCAAUCGGGAGAUGAAUAGGCAAGUUGUUCUUCCGGGGCCACCGGAUAUUAAUCUCCCUUUAUCCGUAGAGCGAAGUCCUCCUCCCCAGCAGUUACGGAACCAUGAUUCUUUUGAUAUACUGGAUGUUGGCCUUGGACACCAAGUGAACGAAUCUGAUAAGCUUUUCGAUUUGCCUAAAAUUGGGCGAAAAUGUGCCAAGAGAUUGGAUAGUGUUUGGGGUGCUUGGUUUUUCUUUAAUUUCUACUUCAAGCCGGUUCUGAAGGAGAAGUCAAAGUGCAAUGUGGUGAGGGAUAGUAAUGGGGUUUCGGGUUUUGAUAAAUCUGAUCUCCAACUAGAUAUCUUUCUUGUGCAGCAUGAUAUGGAGAAUAUGUAUAUGUGGGUUUUCAAAGAGAGACCGGAGAAUGCACUUGGGAAGAUGCAGUUGAGGAGUUAUAUGAAUGGCCACUCACGACAGGGGGAACGUACAUUUCCUUUCAGUGCUGAUAAGGGUUUUGUGCGAUCUCACAAAAUGCAGCGUAAACACUACCGUGGGUUAUCUAACCCGCAGUGUGUUCAUGGGAUUGAGUUGGUGCCAUCACCCAAUCUUACUAGUCUUGAGGAGGAGGAUCAGAAGAAGUGGAUUGAAUUAACUGGUAGAGAUUUAAAUUUUUGUGUUCCGCCUGAUGCAAAAGACUUCAGCUCAUGGAGGAACCUCCCUAACACAGAAUUUGAGCUUGAAAGGCCAAUUCCUGCUCCGAAGAGCAAUGCACACGCCCCUGCAAAGAAACUGCUAAACGGGUCAGGUUUGAAUUUGUCGACUCAACAUGUAAAUAGCAAUGGAAUUGACAUAUCAAACAAGAAGAGGAAAGACCCCUUCUUACAUGGAAAUGAUGAAGAUUGUUGCUUGACUAAUGAUCUCAAUACAGAUUGCCAUCAAAAUGCUGAGCUUCAUCCUAUUGAACCUUCUUGGAUGAGUGAGUUUUCCGGGGUGAUGAGGAAUGUAUAUGGUCCUGUUACGGGGGCUAAAACAAUUUACGAGGAUGAAGAAGGAUACUUGAUACUAAUUACCUUGCCUUUUGCUGAUCCAGAAAGGGUGAAAGUCCAUUGGUGGAACAAUCUCACACAUGGAGUGCUCAAGAUAUCAUCUGUGAGCACAGCCUGCAUGCCUUUAGUUCAAAGAAAUGAUAGAACUUUCAAACUCACCGAUCGAGCUCCAGAGCACUGUCCUCCCGGAGAAUUCAAAAGGGAAAUCCCACUUCCCACUAGGAUUCCAGAUGAUGCCAAGCUAGAAGCAUAUUUUGACAAGAGUGGAACAAUUCUUGAGGUUAAAGUGCCUAAAUAUCGUGUUGGACCACAGGAGCAUGAGGUGCAUGUUUGCCUUCGCCCUCCAAACGACUUGGCUCUGUCUUGA